CACCGGCGGGGAGAUUGCGCAUGCUCACGAACUCGAAAGAAAAUGGCUGGUGCUGCCAAGGUUUUGGGUCUCAAGUUCAGUAUUUCAGCUGGAAGUCGGAAGUCUGUAAUUACGACGUGUUGACAUCGAAGAGUGGUUUCAUUGCGCAAAGUAAUGUUUCUGUUUAAAAUAAGAUUUCUGGAGAGAGAGGAUGUUUUGAUUACUUCAGUAUUUUUAAGUGAUGUCAAUUCAGUUUCCUUUAAAUGGUUGUUUGUACUUUGUAAUUGGUUCAAAAAACAUUUGUGUUUGGCCGAGGACCUGGCAACUCUGUUACCAGCAUAGAUCAAAGCUUUUUUGGAGGAUAAACUAUGUUAUCCCUCUUAGAGUUUUCCACACAAACAAGCCACAUCGUAAAUGGAGUAGAGGCAAAACACUGUGGUGUAAUAAGUACCUCUACUGCCAUGACUUUUUGCAUUGCAGGAUUUCAAAACUUAGCACUUCCAAGGAAUUAACAAACAAUCGCAUGUCACGAUUCAAGAACACUUUAGAAUCUGUUUCAAAAGCUGUAUCUGGAACUCACAGUGAAUUAGUUUCACGUAUAGCUCGUCUAAAACCUCAUUCUGGUAUACUGAACAAAUCAACGGAAGAAAAUAGGCAAGGAAACACUUGUCAUGUUAGCAUAGCAAGUGACAGACAAACCAACAUCAGGUCUCAGGAAGAAUGUGAUGAUAGUUUAGAUAUAAAGAAGCCUGCCUUGGCAACUGGAGACCUAGACCCGGGUGGUCCUAGUCAAGGUUCACUGAAAGAUCUUGCAGAUCUCAAAAACAGCCUUUUUCACGUUAGCUACUUUGCUACAAACUUUGGAGAAACAUACAACUUCCUUGCUAGUCACAUCAAUUGGUAUUUUAGUACUAGUGUUAUGGAUAAAGAGAAGAAAGGGAGCUCAUUCCCACCCAAGCCAGAGACUCGAACUGGAGAAGCACUUGAUUCACAAGAAGAAGACUUAUUAAGUAAUGAAAACAGGCUGAAUGCAGCAUCAGCUUUAAUUCCUUCAGCUCAGUCUCCAGAUUCUACAAAGACCAAUGCCACUCCUCCAGCUUCCAGCAAAAAGAGUAUUGCAAAUCUUCUUUCUUACCCCACUAACAGUGUACAGGCCUUUGUGGAUAGUUACAUCGGUGGGCUGGUGCCCAGAUUGCGGUCUGAUGCAAAAUCUGAUUUGCAAGAAAAGAUCCCUGUACAAGAACCUGAGGAAACCUUGAAAGAUGAUGAAGAGACCAGAAGUGCUGAAGAAAAAGAGAAAAGACUGUCUCUUCAAAGGGAAAAGAUUAUUGCGAGAGUGAGUAUUGAUAAUAGAACCCGGGCGUUAGCUCAAGCAUUGCGAAGAUCAUCUAACAGAAGAGUCUAUAUCAACCGGGUUGAAGAAUUGACAUACCAUCUCUUGGAAUUUCCAGAAAGUAGAGGAGUAGCUAUUAAGGAAAAAAUCAUUCCCUGCCUGUUGCGUCUCAGACAAGCAAGUGAUGAAGCUCUUGAGGCUGCUGUUAGAGAGGCGUUGGCAGUGAUUGGAUAUACAGAUCCUGUGAAAGGUUGGGGCAUUCGUGUUCUCAGUAUCGAUGGUGGAGGAACAAGGGGUUUAGUGGCACUUCAGACGCUUCGUAAACUUGAGGAGCUUACUGGAAAGCCUGUUCACCAUCUCUUUGACUAUAUUUGUGGAGUGAGUACAGGGGCUAUAUUAGCAUUUAUGUUGGGGAUAUUUCAUAUCCCACUGGAUGAGUGUGAAGAACUUUAUCGCAAACUAGGAACUGACGUGUUCAAGCAAAAUGUCAUUGUCGGAACUGUUAAAAUGGGCUGGAGCCAUGCAUUUUAUGACAGUGAAAGCUGGGAGAAGAUGCUUAAAGACAGAAUGGGAUCAGAUGUUAUGAUUGAAACGGCAAGAAAUUCAAGGUGCCCUAAGGUGGCUGCAAUAAGCACUAUUGUAAAUCGAGGAACACCAUUGAAAGCCUUUGUAUUUAGAAAUUACAAUCAUCUACCUGGAAUCAAGUCUCACUAUCUUGGAGGCUGUCAGUAUAAAUUAUGGCAAGCGAUCCGAGCAUCAUCCGCUGCACCAGGCUACUUCCAGGAGUAUAUUCUGGGCAAUGACCUUCAUCAGGAUGGAGGGCUGCUCUUGAAUAAUCCUACGGCUUUAGCAGUGCAUGAGUGCAAAUGUCUUUGGCCGAAUAUACCUCUGCAGUGUGUAAUAUCCUUGGGAACUGGCCGAUACGAAAGCGAAGGGAAGACCAAUGUCACCUAUACAAGUCUGAAAGCUAAGCUGAGUAAUGUCAUCAGCAGUGCCACUGACACUGAAGAAGUCCACACUAUGCUGGAUGCUCUUUUACCUCCAGACACGUACUUCAGAUUUAACCCACUGAUGAAUGAAGACAUAGCUCUAGAUGAAAGCCGCAAAGAAAAGCUUAAUCAGUUACGGACAGAUGGCAUUCGAUAUUUAGAACGGAAUGAAGAGAAGCUGAAGAAAGCUGCCAAAAUAUUAUCAGAGGGAAAAACAACUUUGCAGAGACUCAAUGACUGGAUUAGGUUGAAGGCUGAUAUGUACGAAGGACUACCAUUCUUUUCCAAAUUAUAAAUAUGUAAAGUAUGAAAAGUCAUCAAAGUAAAACAUAUUUCAGAAAUCUGUAUUGUAUUAAAAGGCACUGAAAUUGUAACGGUUGUAAUUCCUUAUGAUUAGCUGUUUAUAAAUUCACAGGAGGGGAGCACUUCAGUCAGUGAUGACACAGGGCAAGCCUGUUGCCUUGGAUCUGAAGAUUCUACUGCAUGCACAGAAAACACUUUUGCUCACAUGGCAAGGCGGGGUGUCCUCUGGUUUCUCCUCCCCCUCCAUUUGGCCCCCUAAAAAUCUGCUCUUGAUUUUUCUAGAUCCAGUUGCCUUUGGGAAGGUAUUGCUGUGGUAACACCACCUUGCCUGAUCAGAAGUACAUUCUACUUCCGCAGAACGUAGAAAUACAUUCUACUUCCGCAGAAUGAUCUUCUUUACCAUUUUUGAAAGAUUUUACUGAGUCAGUGUUUUCAGAACUUCACAAUGGUACAAAUUAAAAUUAUAUACUGAAAUCAUUUGGAUUUUUAUCUGCGGUUUGUUAUGGUCUAUUUAAAUUUGUGAUAAUGGUGAAAGAUUAAUUUGUUAUAUUCAGAAAAUAUAUUCCAAAAUCAUGCUGUCGACACAACCAUAAUAUAUUUACCAUUUGGAGUAGGUGUAUAGGUCAAAUUGAACAGCCUGCUCUGCACUUAAGCCAGAAUAAGUAAAACCAUUUUAGCCCAUGGAAACCAAUGGAACUUGAACUGUGUUGCAGAUUGAAUUGCAAUUAUUGUAAAUUUUCAGAAUGCAUUGAGGUUGUGGCACUGCCAAUAAAUGUCAUCCCUUCUGUUUAAUGGAGAUGUGCAUUGCCUUCUGGCAAAAUCUGUGCAUGUAGAAAGGUGUAUCAUGUACAUUGGAUCUAUACACAAGUUUACUUCAUGCACUACGAUAUUUAGCUGAUUACACUGAGUUCUAAAAUGGUUGACAUCAACCUGUAUUUUGUUUGAUACAUUAAAGUCUUUUCAUCGGUUCUGUUGCAAGGUAAUUUCCUAUUUGUAUGCAAUUCUGAAACAUACCAUAAACCUGAAACAUACCAUAUGUCUUGCAAGGAAGAAAAUAAAUUCUUAAAAUGA